AUGAAGUGCGGUGGAGAUCCUAGCAUGGGCGGCGCAGGGGCCCAGGCGGCGCUCGACCGUACGGCAGCGUUGAUCAGUGCCCUUGCGCCGAAGGACUUCCCAAAUGGUGUUGUCGUGUACUGCUCCCGCGAGCUGUCGGAGGCGAUGCAUCCGCUGCGGCGUGUGCCUCAGCCGAGACUGCGCUGCGAGCAGGACUUCGACACCUCUGCGGUCGCAGAGGCGCUCAGAGAGCGCCGCGCGCUCACGUACGGGCUCGUGGUGAUCACCGGCGACGCGGCCAUCCUGGGCACCUCGCAGGCGUCGACUGCUGGCGCCGGGCCCGCCAGGUGCCACAAGGUCGCGGUCCUGUCUGCGAGCAUCGCCUCGCGCACGCGCCGCGGGGGGCAGUCGGCGGCGCGCUACAGCCGCAACCGGGACAGGGAAGAGCUCGCGUUCCUCCGAAAGGUCGCCGACACUGUCUGCAGGACAUUCGGUGGAGUCCGUGGCGUCGUCGUCGGCGGGCCCGCCAGCAUGAAGCGGAAGCUCGCGGGGGAGCUGUCCGUCGCGCUGCGCCGCCUGGACGUGCGCACCGUUGACCUCGACUGCCGUGCUGAUCUCGAUGGCCUCCGCCAACUGGCCCUUUGCAUACGGCAGGUCUCAGUAUCAGAUCAGGAAAACGAGGCAGAGGCGGCAGUGAAUGGCUUCAUGAGCUUAUUAUCGCAGACGGAGAUGCGUGAAGCACAUCUCGCAUGCUAUGGCGAAGCGGAGACGAUGGCGGCGCUCAGAAUGGGCGCCGUGCGGGAACUGUUGGUGUCAAGAGCACAUGCUGAUCCCCCAAACCGCAAGAUGGAAAUGUGGCGUGAGCUGGCCGCGGCUAGUGGGGCGUCCCUCGUCGAAGUGCAUCCCAACAGUGGGCUGAGAGCGCGCUUUUGUGAUGGCUUUGGCGUCGGGGCGUGCCUCAGAUAUCGAGUGGAUGCGAGCUUGUUGGAGGAGAGCGAGCCUGUCAGAGACGACAGCCCAACGCCAACUCCCGAAGACACCGCGCCGUGCUCAACCACGGGCAGCCCAGACAAGCACGCGUCCGAUCUCUCAGACUCUGACGACGCGAGCACCACCGCCGCGCCCUCUGAAGCCAGGAGCCGACUCCACGAUUGGCUUCUCCCAGUCCUGGCGCAGGCCUUCGGUGACUCGGUCGCGGCUGAAGCCAUAGCAAUCGGAGUUGAUGUCUUUCUAUGUGACGAGACGCUUCCCAUGGAGGAGCGCAUGGAAGCUGUUCACGAUAUGCUGCGAGGAGAAGGCAUUUCAGAAGACGUGCUCGCUGAACUAUCCUGUCAUGUUUGCGAUCUCUUUUGA